AUGAACAGCUUGGGUGAGGCCUGCACAGAGAUGAAGCGUGAGUAUGACCAGUGCUUCAACUGCUGGUUCACUGAGAAGUUCCUCAAGGGAGAGGGCGGUGACAGCAGUGGAGGCAACCCCUGCGCCCAGCUCUUCAAGUGCUACCAACUCUGCAUCCAGAAAGCUAUUAAGGAGAAAGACAUACCCAUUGAAGGACUGGAAUUCAUGGGCUGCAGCAGAGGAAAAUCUGAAAACUCUUCCUGACCAUGAUGGUAACAGAAAAAUUAUUUUGAACAUUAAAAAAAAGCCAAAUUCUAAAUCUUGUUGCUGUUGAAC